CUGGGGCUUGCAGCAGAAUCGCAGCGACCGCGUCGUCCCCACGCGGUGCGGCCGCUGCGCAUUGCGGGCCGGGAGAGCGAGAACGGAGUGGGGAAGAUGGAGACGGUGAAGAGCCUUCUGAAGCCGAAGCCGACGCCGCAGCAGCAGCUGCGCGAGUGGCAGCGCCGCCUCCGCAACGAGGGCCGCAACAUCGACCGGCAGAUCCGAGAUGUGCAGAGGGAGGAGAAGAAGGUGGAGAAGGCCAUCAGGGAGGCCGCCAAGCGCAACGACAUGGGAUCCGCCAAGGCGCUGGCCAUGGAGGUGGUGCGCUCGAGGAAGGCAGUCAACCGCCUGUACGAGAACAAGGCCCAGCUCAACUCCAUCUCCAUGCACCUUGGCGAAAUCGUUGCUACAGCUAGGACAGUAGGCCACUUGUCCAAGAGCACUGAAGUGAUGAAACUUGUCAACGGCCUCAUGAAAGCCCCCGAGGUCGCAGCCACAAUGCAGGAAUUCAGCAAAGAGAUGACAAAGGCUGGUGUGAUGGAAGAAAUGGUCAACGAUGCUUUAGAUUCAACGCUGGACAGCGAGGACAUGGAGGAGGAAAUUGAAGAGGAGGUUGACAAGGUCCUCACUGCAAUCGCUGGGGAGACCGCCUCUGAGCUCCCGGAUGCUGUCAGGAAGGAAAAGGAGAAGAUGAAGCAGCCUUCAACAAGUGUACCUGAGGAGAGAACUGCUAUAGCAGAGGCUGUUGAUGACGGUGAGCUAGACCAGAUAAGGGAAAGGCUUGCCAGAGUGAGGUCAUAGAAGAUAGCUGAACAAGGUCAGAUCAUUGAGGUGUUACGGCACAUGACAUCUCACUUGAUAAUGUAUACACGUAUCACACACAAUCACUGUGAUUAGCAGACCGAUUUCCCCACAUCCAGCAAUGUGAUUUUGUCCAGGCCCUGUUGUAACCUGUAUGGGUCAUGAUUUCUAAUAUAUAUCACGUAUUAUAUGUUUGG